GGAGGCGAGUGGAGACGACGGCCUCGCCAAUAUGCCUAUCCAGCACGUUUCUGUGGCGUCUUGUUGCAUUCGGUACGGGGUAGAAUACAACUAUUCUCUAUAAGUAUCCAAUCGUUUCCAAACCCUUUGUCGCAAUUAAGUUUAUGAAAAGUGGCUACCUUGUUGUCCACGUUUAGGUACUGUAUGUACGUCGUAGGUACGAAGUAGCUAGCUAUACUAAACUAUCCCCGGACGUCUACCCGCGCCUAUCUCCUCGUCCUCCACAUAUCCACCCUGAGUAAGGGAACCCAUCAAUAUAAGGUGCAGAGGGCGGGCAGAUGAUAGUAUCAUCUUUGGAUUUGUUUGGAUUUGUUAUACAACCAAGCCUUGCCGCGCCCAUUGUCAAGCAUCUUUACGAAAUCCCCCCCGCAUCUCGCCAAUUGAUUGUUUCGGCGCCACGCCGUUGAGAAAUCAGUGGGUGUGUUAUUUUCGGACAUCCAUCUGCUUAAAAAGUACCGGACACGCAAUUCGGUUCAGUCAUUCUUCCAUCCGUUGGAACUCACUCAAUUUCGAGAGCAAAGCACGACUUCAACUAAGUGCUGCGUCACAAAAAGCGCUCAAUACUCGUUGUACCGUUCAACCUUGUCGCUUAGCAGAUUACCCCUUUACAGCGCUACUUGCAGCACGCCAUCGUAUACCCCAAACAACCAAUUGAGCGUGCCUGUUGCUCCAAGUCACCAAGUGCUUAUUCUGUUUUGCGGCCCAUACCCCGCAUAGAGCCUUAUAUAUAGUCUCUGCACUGUACCUGUGCCUACCAGCUAGCUAUCGACCAGCGCACCGGAACGCAACGACCUCAAUUUUGUACCUCAACCCAACAAUAUUUUUUUCUAAGACCAAAAAAAACAUUCGUCGAUAACACCAUCGACUUGGUGGUGUGCAAAGGGGUUUCCUGUCCGACCUGGUGCUUCUUCGCGUGUCUCAAACUCGCUCGUAUCUGGGUACGUGGGUGCUCUCAAAGCUCUGCACUCUCGAUCAGCAGCACCAACUUCCCCUCUUCGCCCCGCCCUUUCCUAUCAACACCAGUGAAAUUCCCCGACAGGCGUCAGAUAACAGCACCGGCCAUAACCAACCAUCCGGUCCUUCGUCUCACAACACCUUCACGAUAAUUUCCCUCCGUGUUCGGACUUUUCAUAUAUAAGAAUACAGAAAUCGGUGCACUGGAGAAUAUCAAAGGACACCCCUCCGUCAAGUUCCGCAACUGCGCCCGCCCGCUCAUCAUUUGUGAGCUCGCUAGCCGUGGCAAGGUUUAACUGGGAACCACUCAACCAUCCGUUAUCGCAGCCCACCUGCACCUCUUCUUACCUAUACCCACCUGGAGCAGCCGAGGAUCGAGACAAAAGAGUCACUACGAUCCUUAUCAACUCUGCUCACGGUACCUCAUAUUCUACCUGACCUUUUAAUCAUUUAUCACAUCAGCGCCAACCAUCACGAGGAUCAUCACCCAAGUUCACAAGACGCAACCCCUACCACCAUAUACACCAUCGCUCAAUCCCAGCCGCCGAUCCAGCUUCUAGACCCCGUCUAAUCUGUACAUCAACCGGCCUACCUCCUCAUCAGUUCCAUUUUAUAUUUUUUUGAUUCCUUCUCUUCAAACGGAAUCGCGAGCAAUUCAGCUCAAAACCGACAAGCUGGCUCACUCACGCCCCCCACCCCUACAAACUCAUUCCGCAGUGGUCGCUUCCCCUCCUCAUGUAUCUCCCCGUCCCCAUGGCGAGAAGAGACACCACCCGAGGAGGAAAUCAGGACGUGAUAAUACAGCAUCGGAGAAGAAGUCAUCCAGACCUACGGCUAGCAGGAGAACCUCUCCUCAGUAUGUGACGAAGUCCACAUCAUACAGUGGAGGUAGGACAAGUACUCGAGAGCGAGAACAAGAGGAGGAGACUGUCAGGGAUAAUAAUGGAGAGGGAUUUCCACAGUUCUGGUAAGCUCUUUUCCUUUGCUCAUGCACCCAUUCAUUCAGUCAUGCCAGCCAGAAAUGGCGAGGCUGGAAGAGUUCCCCAGGAACACACUUCCACCAUCCUCAUGACCCCUCAAAAGGGGAUGAAUAGUGUGGGGUGCAUAUUGCAACCAUGUACAUGCAGCGCUGACGAAUAACCUAGCACGUCGUGCGAAAAGCAAUUCCAAGCCGCCAACACCUUCCUUUACUGCUCCGAAGCGUACGCAUUGCUUUUUUCGCUACGGCACGAUUGCUUAUCUUGGACGAAAUGCUGACUCCUGACUAGUUGUCGUCUUUAUGACCAGCGUCCUGACCCAACUCGUGCAAUUUCAUACUCAUCCACUCAAGCCCCAACUUCCCCGCCUCUUACCCCAUACACCCGCCAUUUUUCGAGCCUUCCAGGCCCCGACGAUGGACCAGACAUCGUCCCUCGUUUUUCACCCACUCAGUCUCGUCCACGAUCUUACUUCAACUCCGAUCCCUAUCCAUCAUCCUAUCAAGCAUCUAGCGCGGGAUAUUCUCAAUCUCCACCUCAACCCACUUACACCAAUUCCCACUCUAGCACUGCUCUAGCCAGUCUUCGGGAGCUAGCUACCGCUUUGCCGAAAACAUCCUCCAAACACCGGGACCCAGAGUCUCCCCCGAAGAGCAAUGCUAGUAGCAUCUCUCGUACCGGUUCUGGUGUCUGGGAUUAUAUCCCAUUCACAUCGAGUAGUAAAACAGCGCCAACACCAAGUGCUACACCAGGAAACUCUUACAAUGCUGGGUAUACUGUAAGCCACAGCUACAAUGCUUCUCAUUCCAGCUACGCAUCUGGCAGCGGCCGAAGCAGAGAAGACUUGCACAGCUAUGGCAGAAGUUACAGCACAUAUGGUAACACAGGGGGUAUGGGUAUGGACAGGCCACUACCGCCCAGAAACGGACCUGGUGGAUAUGGACACCGUCCAAAAAGCAUCGAUCUUGUUACCCCAGUUGUUGAGCACAUGAUUUAAACUAUCUCUCAUGUUACCAGUUCAACCACCAUCCAAAUUUACAAUAACAGCUUUGGAUAUCAUCAUCUAUUUCUUGUUCAUUAUUUUUGGAGACCUAUCCAUUCAUAAUCACAAAAAGUACUUCUUGGGUCUCCGAGGGAGACAUCCUCACAUGAGCAUACGCAUACGCAUACACAUCAGUACCACAGCAUGAUUGGAGUUUACAUUAUAGGCACGAACAUAUUUUCCUAUCACAUAAAAAGUUUGGGCGUUGCAUUUUCUUGUUUUCAAUUAGUUGGGAUGGGCGAGUGUUCAGUGGGGGGGAAUGGAUAAGGGCAUGUUCUUCAAGGGGGUAGGGAAUACAUGAUGGAAAGCAUGCGUAGAGAAGGACUCGUUAUUCUUUAUUUGGAUUGUAUAUACUUUGUUGAAGAUAUAUGCAUGUACAAGGAUAGUAUCGUUGUUAAAUUUAUCAUUUUAAAAUUACA